AUGGAGAAACCACGGGAAACCACUCAAGGAGAUUCUAACUUGAGAGAGUCCCCAAAUUUAGUCAAGCAUGUGGAUACGGAACUCAUUUUCUGGAGACGACCAGAAAACCAGUGCAUGGUGAUCGACUUCACCUCCAGCAAACCCGAGGAGUGCAUGGCCGCGGCAGCAAAGAUGGAUGAGAAACGUCCCGUGCGCAUCCACGAUAUCCGCGGGCAAGAGUCUCAGUUCUCACUUGAAGAGAAUGGCUUCGAAUAUGUGCAGCAUGACAUCCCGGCCAUGGACAAGAUCUCUGAGUCAGGAUAUGCUGACAAGGUCAUCAUCCCCAAGACAGAAGAACUGGUUCAAAGAAUUACCGGCGCCACGAGGACGAUUACAUUCGCCCACCGAGUGCGAUGUCUCGCAACCGACAACGCCCUGCUAGCCAACAACCGCGCGCCCGCGCACAGCGUGCAUUCCGAUUUUACAGCGACCGGCGCCCUACACCACCUCGAGACAGUAGUCCCAGAAGCCGCCGAGCGCGAGAGUAUACUGCGAGGUCGCGUGCGAAUCAUCAACGCCUGGCGGCCCUUGAAAGCAGUCCAGAAAGACCCGCUCGCAGUCUGCGAUUGGCAAACUCUAGACUGGCGCCGGGACAGCAUCGCCAACCGCAUAAUCCUGCCCCACGGCUGGAAUGAACUGGGCAAGUAUGUGUUCGACAACACCCAGACCUGGUAUUACUUGAGCGGUCAGCAGCCCCACGAGCCGGUGGUUUUCUCGCAGUUCGAUAGCGCCAGAGUCGGCGAGGGUGGUCUGACCCUGCCGCAUAGUGCCUUUGUGGACCCUGAUUUUGUGGACUCUCCCGCGAGGGAGAGCAUUGAGAUCAAGAUGUUUGCGUUUGGCUAG